UUGAAAGGGAGGGUGAGGAGAGGGGGCUGACACUGACUAUAAAGGCAGUGCUCCCUGGAGCAGCCAGGCACUUCCCCGCCACCAUGAGCACUCCCCGGGCCUGACAGCCCCAGCCUGCCCCACUGUCGCCGGCUCAAGCUGCCCUGAAGCGUGGCUGGGUGUCCGAAGCUCGGGUUGGGAUGGUGUGAGCCCGGAGCCGCUCGUCGCCCUCCCACCACCUCUCACCGGCUCUGGCAGGAGCCGAGCCUUCCAGCCGCUUGGAUGAUUUGAUUUCUUCCCUGUCCGACAUCACUCCUGCCCAGAUGCAGUGGAUAAUAUUCAUGUUGCUGUUAUUCAUCAGCUCCAUGGAAAUGCUCACGCAGAACCGGUGGAAGAAGCAAGCGAGCGCUGGCCUGCUGGAAAACUGCACGGGCUGCGUCCUGUGCUCUGAGGACAACGGCUGCAUCACCUGCCACCACCGGCUCUUCCUGCUCAUCUGGAGGGACGGCAUCCGCCAGUACGGGAUGUGCGUCCACACUUGUCCCCCAGGCUACUUCGGUGUGCGGGGUCUGGAGGUCAACAGAUGCACAAAGUGCAGGUCGCCCAGCUGCGAGAGCUGCUUCAGCAGAGACUUCUGCAUGAAGUGCAAGGACAAGUUUUACUUGUACAAGGGCCAGUGUUUUCGGCAGUGUCCCCCCGGCACUGCGGCACAGCCCGGCACCCGCGAGUGCCAAGUGCCGGAGGCUGCCCGGGACGAGGGCACUGCCUGCCCCACGCUGCUGGAGACCAGGAGGUGCCGCAUGAAGAAGCACUGCCCGGGAGAGAAAACUGAACCCAAAAAUAAAGGCAAAAAGCGACAGAAGAAGCCGAAGACAGAAAGGCACAUGGGCACCUAGCAUGCUCCAGCAUGGGAGCUGGGGCACCAUGGCAGGAGCUCCCAGCCAGCUUCUGCCACAGUGCUCCAGCCACAUCACCCUUGAUUUUCUAUACACCAAAAAAACCAAAAAAACAAAAAACAAACAAAAAAAAACCAGAAAAAAAAGAAAAAGAAAAGAAAAAGAAAAAAAAAAAUUGCACAAUUUUCUCUGCCCCCUCAUCCCCCUUUUCUUUCGAGACAAUUUAUGGCCUGUAAAACAUUUCCUUUUCAGAAAAUCUAAUUUGCAAUGUCCAAAGCAAAGCCCUAGGGCUUGGGGAGGGGGUGGCUCCUUUAUUCCUCUGGUCUUCCCUCUCCCCUUGCUGCUCCAUCCCUUCCCUUCCUGCAGACGUGUGGGACGGGGUUAGACCGGGGUUGGACCCUGCUAAUGAAGCUGAUGCCUGCCCAGAUAGUGUUUCCCAGGGCUGGGAGAUGCCCUGGCUCCACAAGGUCCUGAUUUUAUGGGAGUUCUGGGGGCACAGUGCCCCACUGAGCUGCUCCAGGUGCCGGAUAGUGUCCCCCAUCCCCAGCCACAGGCACGGGAAGCAGCAGGACUCCUGGGGCUGGGACCCCACUGGGGACCGUGCCACUGCUCACUGCAGCCCAGCCUGGUGCUCAACAUUCCCAGCAGCACAACCAAGGGCCAGGUCCUGCUCUCCUGGGACUCGGAGGGUAGCUGGACCUCCAGACUGGAAACCCUUCUUGGGACCACGCCAGCCCAGCACUCAGCACGCUCAUGGGCCAAAUCCUGCCGUCCUCGGGCUCCCAGAGAGGUUCAGAAAGCUUCUCUCCCAGCUGGAUGUGGGCACAGGAAUUUGGGGUGAUUGCAUCUGUGUUCAGUCUAGGACAGGGACGUGCACAGCGCGAGUGCCAGCCCAGGCAGGGGAUGCUGCUGCCUCCUGCGUCCCCAAGCUGCGAUGUGUUGGAGGCAGCUCUGCAAUCCCCUCCCAGCCAUCCCGGCGGGGUGCUGAGCCCGGGCGGGCCAGUCUGUCUGUCCCUGCCGGGCUGUGUCCACAGGCACAGAGGGCCCUAUCGGUGUGUACACCAUGUGUGUGCUUCGUUCGCUGCCCAGCCGCAGGCAGCUCUGCCUUUGGAGUUUGCCGGGGUCCGAUCUGCCGGUCCCGGCCCUGCGGGUGUGGAGGCGGCGGGGGCCGCACGGACCCUUCAGGACGGGAGCGCUGGGUGUCAGCAGCGAGCCAGCCCCGGAGCCGGCACAAAGCUGCCAGAGCAGCUCCUCCGA